AUGGAUAUUGAUGGAACUAACAAGAAACAGGUGACUUUUGACGGGAGGUACUUCGAUGGCUUCCCGAUGUUCUCUCAUGACGGCAAAAAACUUGUCUGGUCAUCAACUCGGGGUUCCACAAAUGCCAAGGAGCUCAAUGUUUUCAUCGCUGAUUGGGUGGGUUUUCAUCUAAGAAUCCAGGAAAUCGGAGCCAAGCUUGAAAAAGCCAAAGAUAGGGUAGAAUCUGGCGAAAUCAUCUACAUUUCCAUACUCUCUAGAACAGUUCCCGUCUCAGAAGAACUGAACAACCAUCCUACUUUGUCGAUGGGAGAGACACAGUUCAUGCUGGUCGAUUCUGAAACAAGCGCCAGUGAUGAAGUAGCUGCAAAGGAAGAGCUGCGAACAAACCGUGUCCCAAAAAGGUGCACUAAAGGCAAUACGGUACGUUGGCAGGACACGCCGACAACCCCUUAUGACAACGUCGUUCACUUCGACGGCGAACGACAUUUCAAGAACGUCAAACAGCUGACUUUUGGUGGCGAAAACGCUGAGGGCUAUUUUAGGUACGCCUGA